AUGUGGGAUUUUGCAUUGCCACACACAAAGGAUGAACAUUUCCAAUUUAUCCGAGAAGGGUUUUCAAACAAAUGGCGUACUGCAACUGAAGAAAAAUUUUGUACCAACCUUCUUCAUUUCAUCCAGUCUGAAGGGAUGAAGAGCGAUGCUGACGUAGACAUGGCAUUUGAGAAAAUCUACCAUACUUGUUUGGCAGAAAUCGAUCCGAAUUUGACUUUUAAAGAAUGCUACGUCACGUUCAUGGUGUUGAAAGACGGGUAUUGGACAUUUAAAUUCUUUCUAGAAUGUGUAAAUGGUGUUUUCGACAUCCACGCAAAAACCGUCUAUCUGGACGAGGACGAUGGAGAGGAAGCAUUUGAGUUUUGGCCAUUAGCACACCAUUACUGUAACAAUCCUAAGCCUCUUUGGGAAACCUGGAAAAUAAUUUUUGAACCCCUACGGCUUUACUCAUAUCUUGGCGAAGACCUCGCUAGAGCUCGACGUAACUCUCGCAAACUCGAUCAAUUACUUCGGGACUACCAGGCUGAAGAACGACGUAUGGCAGCUCGAAGAAAGAGAGGAAAUUGA